AUGCCUGGAAUUAGUCUCGCCAACACGAUCGCACAACUGAACGCGGAGGAUGAAUGGGGUCCGGAGAUCACAUCCUCAACAACUCUCGAUGGCGUACCAUAUGCCCCGUUCUCGAAAGGCGACAAAUUAGGUCGUAUGGCCGACUGGACACAGGAAGGCAAAGAAGGUAGAGAUAGAGGUCAACGAUAUGGCAGAGGCUAUAGAGAUCAGCAAGUCUUUGGCGCAGGCACAUCCUCUCUGUUCGCUGUCCAGGUAGCCGAAGACGAGUCCUCAUUCUCAGUAGUAGAUAAUACCAGAGCAUCGACAAAGACACGAGGCUUCGGACGGGGCGGUGGUACAGUCUUCAGAGGCCGUGGCCAACGAGGUGCUGCACAGAGAGGUGGCAGAGGAGGUUUCCAGCGAGCCGGUCAAGGCCCACAACGACCAGGUCAAGGUCAAUACUAUGACCAGCGAGGAGGCGCUCGAGGUGGAAGAGGAGGCCGACGCUUUGGCUGGAGGGAUUAUGACAAGCCACAACGAAACCGAGACUCAUCAGUCACCAUUCGUCCAGGUUGGUCGAUGAAGGAAGAGAUUGACUUCAACCGUCUCACAAAACUGAAUCUUGGUACUGCCGACGGCGAGGACCUCGACGACUACGGUUUCCUCUACUACUACGACCGCAGCUUCGACAAGCCACCCAUCAAGAACACCGAGCGCAGACUACAAUCCCUUGACCGAGCAGCCUACAAUGUCACAACAUCACAAGAUCCUGUCCUCCAGCAAUUAGCCAAAGACGACGAAGCCACCAUCUUCGCCACCUCCGACAUCCUCUCCAUGCUCAUGUGUGCCACCCGCUCCGUAUACAGCUGGGACAUCGUCAUCCUGAAACAAGGCAACAAGAUCUUCCUCGACAAGCGCGUGGACAACACCAUCGACCUCGUCACCGUCAACGAGAACGCCGCCGACGCCCCUCUAGAAGCUGACACCCCCAACACACAAAACAACGCACAAACAGGCGUCAAGCCCGACAGCAUCAACACCCCCGGCAACCUCGCCAUCGAAGCCACCAUGAUCAACCACAACUUCGCCCUCCAAGUCGUCCAAGAAUCGCAAUCCGCCAAAGUCGAAAUGUCCCACCCAAACCCCUUCUACGUUGCCAGCGAAGAAACUGAACCCCUCGCCAGCAAAGCCUACAAAUACCGCCGCUUCGACCUCUCCCUCGAAACCGACGAGGAACCCCUCAACCUCAUCGUGCGAACCGAAGUCGACGCUGUGGUCAAGAAUAACAUCUCUGGCGACGACCAGCACCUCAUCGUCAAAGCCCUUAAUGAAUUCGACCACAAGGCCCAGGGUGCAGGUGGCGCCCUCGACUGGCGCACCAAACUCGCUUCUCAGCGUGGUGCCGUCGUCGCAACCGAAAUGAAGAAUAACAGCUGCAAACUUGCCCGCUGGACAACACAAGCUAUCCUCGCCAAGGCAGACCAGAUGAAACUCGGUUUUGUAUCUCGUGCGAACCCGAAAUCCUCACAGGCACACAUCAUCCUUGGUGUAUUGGGCUAUAAGCCGAGAGACUUUGCGAACCAGAUGAACCUGUCGUUGAGCAAUGGUUGGGGUAUUGUCAGGACGAUUGUGGACUUGAUCAGGUCGAUGGGGGCGGAUGAUGAGGGAAGUGAUGAUAGGAAGUUUGUGUUGGUUAAGGAUCCGAACAAGCCGGUUGUGAGGUUGUAUGAGGUUCCGUUGGGCACUUUUGAGGAGGAUGACGAUGCUAUUACGGGUACGAUGGGGACCGAUGUGGGUGGUGAGGCUGAGGAUGAGUAG